UUUUCUGAAUUCAUCAGUGAAAUCAAACCUGUAAAUUUUCAUUAAAAAACUUCUUCAACUCCUCUUUUUGUGGACCGAAAUUUUCUGCUCGACCAUCUUAUUUCAUCUACUGCAACCAGCAAUGUUGACUGAAAAUUCCAGCUUCAACUUCUCACGAGGAUUACACAUCAAUCUAAUCAAAGAGUGAAAAAAAUUUAAUUUAAGUUAAUUGUUACGAAAUAAAUUGCUGUCAGUUGCACGAUGACUGUCACCUACACACAUGAGGUCGCGGACUGCAAGGGACUUGGGUGCUUCUGGAAGCUACUUUUCAGAUGGAGAGGCAGCAUCUACAAGCUCAUCUGGCCAGAUCUACUUCUCUACUCAGUGAUGUACUUCUCGCUCUCAUUCAUCUACCGCUUCGCUCUCGACGACAGUGGUAGACUUCAGUUCGAGCGGAUCUCGCUGUACUGUCAGUACUUCACGGAUCUCAUCCCGCUGUCGUUCGUGCUGGGUUUCUACGUGAGCAUCGUCGUGCAGCGCUGGUGGGCGCAGUGGGAGACAUUACCCUGGCCUGACACGCUCGCCCUCUUUGUCUCCACCACCGUCACUGGAAACGACAACCGCGCGCGCAUGAUGCGGCGAGCUAUCCUGCGCUACGCCAACCUAGCCAUGGUCCUAACCUUCGCUAUGGUGUCGCCGUGUGUUAAGAAGCGCUUCCCUACCCUAGACCACAUCGAAGAGGCUGGUUUGAUGACCGCCAACGAGCGCAAGAUUUACUCUUCGAUGCGUGAUCGUACAAGUCACCCGAUCUACUGGAUGCCGCUGGCCUGGGCUGGAGCUUUGGUAUCGCGCGCGCGAAAAGAGAACAAAAUUAAAGACGACUUCGCUGUGAAGACAAUCAUCGAUGAGAUCACGCGAGUCAGAGGUCUGUGCGGCUCACUUCUGGGGUACGACUGGAUCAGCAUCCCUCUUGUCUACACGCAGGUUGUUACCCUGGCAGUGUACACUUUCUUCCUCUCCACGCUUAUGGGACGUCAGUUCCUAGACCCUGAUAAAGGCUAUAAGAACAACUCAAUAGACUUUUACCUGCCAGUAUUUACGUACCUGCAGUUCUUCUUCUACAUGGGGUGGCUUAAAGUAGCGGAGUCUCUCGUCAAUCCCUUCGGCGAAGAUGAUGAUGACUUUGAGAUCAACUGGCUAGUGGACCGCAACUUGCAGGUAUCGUACCUGAUCGUAGACGAGAUGCACAACGAGCACCCGGAGCUGAUCCAGGACAUGUACUGGGACGAGGUGGUGCCUCAGGAGCUGCCCUACACCGUCGCCUCUCAGGACUUCAAGCCCACUGAGCCUCACCUCGGCUCCACCGCAAACAUCGAAGUCACCCAGCAGGACAUGGAGCUUCUGCCUGUCGUCGAGGAGAACGAAGAGGACGAAGAAGGCGGACUUCGCCGUGCUAAUUCCAAGAUGUCGAACGCUUCAAGCUUCAAUCUCGCCCCCAUCAACUCAGUCAUCAACUUCAUCGCCCACAAGUUGAAGGGCAGCAAUCCAUCAUCUCUGGAUCGCGGCUCUCCAGCAGAAAGUGUUUCGUCACUCAACAGGAACGUGCUACAUUUGCCGGGAGAUCAGACGAGCCAGCAGCUCAGCUUCACCGCAGGUUCAGACCACAGCGUAGACCCCACGGGGGGCGGACGUCGCAAGUCAGGCGACACAGUCCACUUUUACCCCCACGCGGGGGCCUCGGGCACCCGCCUGGCCGAUGGCCACCAACAUGGCGGCGACCAGCCCAACCAAGACCCGGGCACCCCCGGGACCCCAGGGUCGGGACCCUCUAACCCCAUGGCGGGUCUGCCCCAGCGACCCUCGGUCACGACCCUCAAAGUCUUCACUAAAAGUCUGCAAGGGAAGAAUGCGAGCAGGAGGAGCUUCAAUAGAAGACUGUCCAGGCAGACCAGCAAAACAGACCCCGACGCCGGUCUGCACAAGACUCGGGACGAGGCGACAUCUGACGAUGGUCAGGACGAGCGCCGUCGGCCAUCCACUGACGCUGCCUGCGUCGACUCGCCUGAGCCUUCAUCUCCUGCUCCUGCAUCUCCUCAGGACCCAACCGAGGAGCAAACUAAGCGAUGGAGCGGAGGCAGCCGCGGCAGCGGCAGCGGCGAGACUACUCACCCUCCAGGAAAACUUGCCAGCAAUCAAAAAUCUCGAGUGACGCCUCCUGCGACACCACCGUUGGCCAUCCCGAGACCUCUGCCUCCCCCGCUACUGCCCCAGCAGGCUGCGCCUCCCCUGCUGCAGCAGCUGCAGCUGCAUCCGUUCCAUUCCACGCAGAAUUCAACAUCGUCAACACCUCAGGUGCUCCACAUCGAUGAGUCGUUUGAUGACUCUCCCUCAGCGUCGGCGCGGUCGGGCUCUCCGGCUUUCUCCGGUCCAGCGUCUCCUACGAUCGAAAGUCAUCGCCCGCCGUCGCCACCAACCGAAGAUGAACCUCAAGUGCAGAAAACAGAUUACGAUCGAGCGUCCAGUCCGUUCAGGUCAACUUCGAUCUACAAGCCGCUCACUCCAUACAGGUCACGUCAGAGCAAACUCAAGCUCAGAGGUAUAGGGCAGUUCCUAUCACCGGACCGAGCCACUCCAUCCCCGACUCCUGAUACUCCGGAUUCUCUGCUCGGCGAACCCAUGCUAGGACGCAAAACUCCCCUGGCCGAAACUCCUCUGGAGACGAGGCACAAAGCCGAUCUCAAAGCCUCUCGGUUUGAUUUCCCUGGUGAAAUUGGACCAAACCGUGAAGCAGAAACCCCUCUGUUUGACCCCGUAACCUCUGGUCAGCAAUUGAAUACUCCAGACCCACUAAUCUUGGACCAACCAGACGCGCAAACUACCAGUGACCAUUUCGUUGAUCGCGAUACCGUGGCCACGAGCGACAGACUGCAGACGGGUACAGACGAAACGUUGCCCCAGAGGCAGCCGGCGGGAACGACUUUCCCGAUUUUACAAGCUCCUUUGCAGCCACAGCGCUUCUUGCAAGCCCCGCUAUCUUUCCAUCGUGGAAGAGAUCAGGAGAACUCGCAAACACCGCUGCUGGAACCCGAGGAGGAAUCUCCCGAUGUGAGCCCAACCGGGGGAGGAGGAGGAAGUUCUACGCACAAAUGAUCUGCCCGAAGAACGUGUCUGAUGCUGAACAAAUAUUCACAUCUACUUUCUCGAAUGAUGGUUCCAAAAACAAGCUGCGAAUCCUCUCAUAGGAAGGUUUUAAAAAGUCAGGCUACUGAAUCAUCACAAAUUAACCUUAUUGUAAAACGUUUUUAGCUGCACGUUACAAGCAUCAACUUCCUGAAAAUGUUAAAAUGGCAUGGACUGUGCUGUUAUCAUCAUUAGUUGAAGCGAAAACACGUUAUUUCAAACUCAAAGUUUAUUCCCUAUUUUUAUUGAUAGCGAGGUUCCGAGUCUAAAUUUUGUCUAGCCGCCCAGUUUGUUUAACAAAUUGUCGAACAAAUUUUACAACUUUGAUUUUAGCGUAGAAUGUGCAGGAUUUUCACACAGGUACUUUGAGACUCCAAUGAAGAUUUUAGUGUCGUAAUAGAACAAAGAUACAAACAAGAUUGAAUUUACAUAAUUUUAAAGAUCGUUUCAUCGCUCGGGGUAAAUCUAUCCUUAAAAAUCGAAAUCCUGAAUCUAGGUUAAACAUUACCAUAUCGUAAACGUGCAUGUAAAUUUUUUCGUGCGCAUCGCACUAGAUGCUUUGAGCAAAAUUGGAGUUUGAUUCUGUCGAAUGACUCCACAAAUUUCAAAACGAACCAAAUCUAACAGAAGUUUCGCCCGGAACUCUAUCUUGUGAAUUUAAUCCAUUACGUGGAUGUGAUAGACGGUCCUCAGAGUAACAUUGGGAUUGGAAUUGAUUUAUUCGUUAUGUUUUGGUAAAACAUCAAAGUUCGUGUGUAAGUUUUCACAAAGUUAUAAAUUAUAAUGUGACGAGAACGCAGUGUUAUUUGCUGGUAGAUACGAUAACGUAACGUAAAGUUGUCGUCUCUCGAUGUAGUUAAUGUUACUCGCGAGUCGAUAUUUAAGUGCAUGUUUAUACACGUUUCUUUCGUGCUUGUUAAUGAAUGUUCAGGUGCAUGUUAUAGGUACGAAACUGCACAAACUCUCCGUCCCUUCUGUUUUUCGUUAUAUUCUAAGACAUCGUCGCAUCUUAAAAAUACAAUAAAUUUAUCGUGGUCGAAAUUGCCAUAUGAGCGUCCACAUUUUUACAAUAGAAUAGGUAGUCGACAAUAAUAAUUUAAAUCUCAGUGAAUAUUAACGCUAUCAUCGAUCAGAGCGAGAUUUAGGUUAUUUGUUGUAUAAAAAUUUUUAACCGUUUCAAUUAAAUCAAUACUGGAAUUUAACGUGAAGUCGAUGUAAUUUCUCGUAGUAUUCAAAGAUCGCUGUCACUUAACCGUUAAUUCGUUUUAUUCUUCAAUAAAUAAGUGCCUUUUAAAUAAGUCAUUUUACCAUGUUUAUAAUUCUAGCUAACUUAGAUGGAAUAGUUCUAAAUAAAAUAAUGCCUAUCUGAAUUUUGCUGUACAAGCUUUUAACCGUUCACAAACUCGUACAAAAUUUUGUAGGCGAAUAACCCAUAGUUUAGCAAACUCCCUCGGCAACAUCCACAAGAAAUGUUUAUUGCUUAUGAAUGUUGCGGGAAAUAAUGGGCAUAAUAUUCAUUCAUUUCUUCAUCCGCAUCCUUGUCAUUACUUUUGAUUCAGUUCACGAUUCAUUAGAGACCUUGUGUUAAAAUUUCUCUUCUUCGAUGUUCUUUUGAAUGGAAUUGCUUUAGCCGUCAUUCCUGGUCAAACGAAACCUCUUAUUGAACCAACUUGAAAAAUUGCGAAAAUCUUGUAAAUUUGCAUCGGCAAGAUGUGGUCUAAACUCUAUGCGUAAAAAAUUAUAUUAGUAACGUUACCCCCAAUUUUAUAGUAGCUGUUUAAAAAAAUAUAUAUAUUGUAUUCUUUAAUGUAAACCCGUCCGUAUGCAUCUAAAAUUGCGAACCGUUGCUAGCAACAUGGGAUUUCUAUGCGUGUUGUAAAUGAAUUCAAGAUCUAUGGCAAUCCUAGUUGAUCUCGUUUAAGACAUUGGCAAUUUUAAAACUAAAAACUUUUCUUAUACAUAAUUAUAAUUCAUACACUUAGAUUUUUUGGAGCCACUGCCUAUGCAGGCAUAUAAUAAAUAUUGCAAGUUAUAUGACUUAUAUCAUUAUAAUUUCGAGCGAGCAACAUGGAUCGAUUAAUUUCACUUCUAGAAAUUGAAAUUUCGCUGUAGAUUUAGAUCCUUUGUGUUGUAUGCUCCUGCUUAUUAACGCCUAAAUUUUCGAAAAUUUGGUUAUUACUUAUUUUUUGUUAGCCUAACCACUGCCUAACGACAGCCAGGUUUGACUUAUGUAAUGUGAAGCUCUUCUCAUGUAAUUAAUGUGGCUUUCCAUAGGACGAUGUUGUUACCUACAUGUCAUCGAACUAUAAUAGCUGAAUGUAGAGAAAUUAACAUGUGCUGCAAUCGAGAAUGAGUAAUGACUGCCACCGCGUGAUGCCACGCAGACAUGACUGCCAUCGCGUGAUGCCAUACGGACAUGACUGCCAUCGCGUGAUGCCACGCAGA